CUCCCGACUCCUUCGCGACAUGCAGCGUCUUCCCAGCAGCCUCUGGCCAUCGCUACUGGCCGUUCUCCUCUCGGUACACCAUGUGUACUGUCAAGACUACUACGUGUCGGACAUCCACUGCACGUUCGGAGGCAGCAGCGGCAGCGACAGCGAGGCAGCCGCCCCCGGCGUCCGCGACUCCAUCUCGGCGCGGCUGCGAAAGCCGGAAGGGUUCCGCGGGUCGCCGCUGUUCGCGGACGAGCGCCAGGCGGACCCCCUGACUGACCCCGUCUGCCAGAUCCGGCCCGAGCCCGCCGACCCCGAGCAGCUCUCCUACCGGCUGCUCGUCACCGACUUCUCGCGCUGCGGCGUCCUGCGCCGCAAUGGCUUCGUGCACGUGCGCAUCUGGUUCCCGCAGUUCCCCGGCGUGGUGAUGAUGUCGGACCAGGAACUGAUCAUCAUGUGCAAGCCGCCGGAGCCCACCAUCAUCGAGAACAAGGCGGCAGGAUUCGCUGGUAGCUUCGCGCACGGGGCCCGCGUGUCGGGCGUGGCGGAGGAGUCCCCCGGGCGGCUGGAGUACGAGGUGGCGCUGUACAAGGAGGCGCCGCCGGCGCGCGUCGGCAACCUGAGCGGCGAGCUGCCCGUGGACCAGGCCGUCCCCAUCGGCACCAAGCUGCAGCUGCGCGCGCGCAUCAACCCAGACUCCGCGUGGAAGUUCGUCAAGCUGACGGAGGUCGCCGUCUCUCCCGACGCCGACGACCCGCAUGCGGCAGGCAGCGUCGCCCUCGUCAAGGACGGGUGCCGGAACAACGACUUCGUGACGAUCAUCCCGCACCAGCCGGCGCGCUACCGCGACCGCAACAAUGAGGUCUUCCUGGACUUCGAGGCGUUCCUGCUGAGCGGCAUGCAGGAGCGCGCCACCCUCUGGAUACACUCGCAGAUCAAAGCCUGCAUGGACGCCGCCGACUGCCAGCCCGAGUACUGCCUGGACGUGCUGGAGCCGGCGGGCCACGGACGCAGGAGGCGAGACGAGGCCGGCGCCAGAGGCGAGGGCGGCGGCGGCGGCGGCGGCAGCGCCGGAAGUGGCGGCAACAGCAGCGAACAGGCGGGGGAAGCCCCGGCUGGCCCGGCGCAUGCGCACCACACGGCGUCCUCCGCCAGAUUCCGCGAGAACAUCGAGUAUUCCGUGCUCAUGCCGGGAGACUUGUAUCGACGGCCAGGUCAAGGAGCAGCACUCGCAGGUGAUGGACCAUGCUCUACAAUGGCUCUGAUAACUGGUCUGCUUGGCACGCUAUUGUUCCUGGCAACACUAGCUGUUUGCUACCUGGCAACAAGACUUCGAGAUGCUGCUUCCGUCGACAGAGCCCUUCGUCACGCAAAAACUGGUGGUUACACAGGGCGCAGCCUUGUCCAGUGAUGGUGCAAAACUGAACACUCAAAAGGUUGAUUGAAUUUUGGGACAUCUCAUGCCAAUAAGUUUCGUAAUGGGUUCUAAGCAAAGGUAACAUGGAUGAAUUCAUGUUAAGCUUGAGAUGCUUUGGGAAAGGUUGAGGGAGGUGCUGGAGACAAAACAAUAGGCCACAAAGGCCAAAGACUACGGUGAUUAAAUAUACAGACAAGUUCAAUUGCUGAACUUUUCAGUUCAGUUAGUAAGACUUGAGUAAUAGCCUUAAUUCUACAGACAGCAAAUUCUGUAAUUUCAAAAGAAACUAGAAAAUUGAUUUUUUUUCCUUCCCUUUAACUCCGCAUGUACUUUGACUACUUCUUAAGAUCAAGGAAGGAAAAAUCCAAACUUUGUGAAUGUAACAAAAAGUAUGGGAAAAAGAGUUUAGUUCAACUCAACAGAAUUAUAAAACAAAUAGGUUCUAUAUUUUAAAAUCACAAAAAUGUUAUUUACAUAUUCUAUAAUAUUAUGUUACAAGCUUUUAUAAUACAUAAAUAUAAUUUAUUGAUGGUUAUCAAAUUAGCAACAGUUUCAACUCAGGUACCAAAAUUUAAAUUUCAGUUACUUUUAAAAUAAUCAACAAUGACUAGUUUAACAUACUGGAAAAUUUUUUCCUUACAAGGUUCACAAUUGGAUAUAUAAAUAUUUGCAUUGCAGUAUAUACCUGAAUUUAAGCAAGUUGUGAUCUACUCAAAUAUUGAUCAGAUUUGAUGGUGAAGUCUACAAAAAGGUUGCAAACACUUUGGCUUGUAUAUAAUGUACAAAUGUUUAUGACCACAAGCAUUAAAAUCUGGUAACAGGUAAACUGCACUGCAUUUAUGUACAAUUUAACAUUUUAACAAACAACAACAGUACUUCAACAGAUGAAAGGUUUAAAAUUUAAGUUAUAAAUAUGGAGUAAAAUUGUAAAACAAAAACUGAUACAACAAUGAUAAUUGGUAUGUAUGGAAGUAAAUAAUUUUCUAAAAUUAUAAUAUAAAUUUUAUUCUUUGGUUUAGAUCCAGCCAUCCAAGCAGUGGCUGCACUGUAUCAAAAACAAGACUGUCAAACAAAUACACAAAACGAUGUAACAGA